UCCGGCCAAAACCAGACACUUCCGCUUCCGGCUACUUGGCAUGUGAGUCGCUGACGAAAGGAUGGACGGUCUGGUGGCUCAGUGCUCCGCGCGGUUGCUGCAGCAGGAAAAGGAGAUUAAAUCUCUGACUGCUGAGAUCGACCGGCUGAAGAACUGUAGUUACUUAGAAGCUUCUCCAAGUUUGGAACAGUUACGAGAAGAAAAUUUAAAAUUGAAGUAUAGGCUGAAUAUUCUUCGAAGGAGUCUUCAGGCAGAAAGGAAAAGGCCGACUAAGAACAUGAUCAACAUCAACAGUCGCCUGCAGGAGGUCUUCGGCUGUGCCAUUAAGGCUGCGUAUCCAGACCUGGAGAACCCUCCCCUGGUCGUAACACCAAGUCAGCAGCCCAAGUUUGGAGACUAUCAAUGUAAUAGCGCCAUGGGUAUUUCUCAGAUGCUCAAGGCAAAGGAACAGAAGGUUAGUCCUAGAGAAAUCGCCGAAAACAUUACUAAACACCUGCCAAACAACGAGUACAUCGACAGGGUUGAAAUUGCGGGUCCCGGUUUCAUCAAUGUGCACCUGAGAAAGGACUUUGUGUCAGAGCAGUUAACCAAUCUCCUAGUGAAUGGAGUUCAACUACCUGUGCUUGGAGAGAAUGAAAAGGUGAUAGUUGACUUCUCCUCUCCCAACAUAGCUAAGGAGAUGCACGUUGGCCACCUCAGGUCGACCAUCAUAGGAGAAAGUAUGAGCCGCCUCUUUGAGUUUGCAGGAUACAACGUGCUAAGGUUAAACCACGUAGGAGACUGGGGGACCCAGUUUGGCAUGCUCAUCGCUCACCUGCAGGAUAAGUUUCCAGAUUAUCUGACAGUUUCACCUCCUAUUGGGGAUCUUCAGGCCUUUUAUAAGGAAUCUAAGAAGAGGUUUGAUGCCGAGGAGGAGUUUAAGAAGCGAGCCUAUCAGUGUGUCGUUUUGCUGCAGAGUAAAAACCCAGAUAUCAUGAAAGCCUGGAAUCUCAUCUGUGAUGUGUCCAGGGAAGAGUUUAAUAAAAUCUAUGAUGCACUGGACAUCACUUUGAUAGAAAGAGGAGAAUCCUUCUAUCAAGAUAGGAUGAAGGAUAUUGUAAAGGAAUUUGAAGAUAAAGGGUUUGUGCAGGUGGAUGAUGGCAGGAAAAUUGUGUUCGUGCCUGGGUGUUCUGUACCAUUAACAAUAGUGAAAUCAGAUGGGGGCUACACUUACGACACCUCUGACCUGGCUGCCAUCAAACAGAGGCUAUUUGAAGAAAAAGCAAAUAAGAUUAUUUAUGUGGUGGACAAUGGACAAGCUACACACUUCCAGACAAUAUUUGCCGCUGCUCAAAUGAUUGGUUGGUAUGACCCUAAAGUUACUCGAGUGGCCCACGUUGGAUUUGGUGUGGUCCUAGGAGAAGACAAGAAGAAAUUUAAAACACGUUCAGGUGAAACUGUGCGCCUCAUGGACCUGCUGGAAGAAGGACUGAGACGGUCCAUGGACAAGCUGAAGGAGAAAGAGAGAGACAAGGUCUUAACUGAAGAGGAGUUGAAGGCAGCUCAGACAUCCGUUGCAUAUGGCUGCAUCAAAUACGCCGACCUUUCUCAUAAUCGCCUGAAUGACUACAUCUUCUCCUUUGACAAGAUGCUGGACGACAGAGGGAACACAGCUGCCUACCUACUGUACGCCUUCACCAGAAUCAGGUCCAUUGCGCGCCUGGCCAAUAUCGAUGAGGAAAUGCUGCAGAAAGCAGCUCGGGAAACCAAGAUCAUUUUGGACCACGAGAAGGAGUGGAAACUGGGACGGUGCAUUUUACGGUUCCCCGAGAUCCUACAGAAGAUCUUAGAUGACCUGUUUCUCCACACUCUCUGUGAUUACAUUUAUGAGCUGGCAACCACUUUCACAGAGUUCUAUGACAGCUGCUACUGUGUGGAGAAAGAUCGGCAAACCGGUAAGAGUCUCGUCCACUGUCGUCUUGGGGAGGGGUGCCAGCAGGUCAUGUGUGCAGAAACCAAGGAAUUCCAUAGCAAGCUGUAGCACGUGUGACACAGUUUGAAGUGGGGCCGAUCAGAGCAGAAGCAGAACUGUGCCCGUUCCGCUUGUUUCUCUAUCCUUGGACAGUUCUUGGGAAAUGAAUGAGAAGGGCACUCCAGUAGGAUGCUUGUAGUGCAGACACUGAGUCUGAGUGCUGUUGCUGUGGAAACACCCACUAUGGUUGAUGUCCUUAUGUUAACAGGGCGGGUGUCCAUCACCAGCGUGGUAUACAGUCUCUUCACAUAGGGCCUUAGGAAAGCAAGCACGGCCAGUUUAACGGAGAAAUGUAGCCAUAAACGUUCUGUCUUUGUAGUAGUAGAUGAUCUUAGUUAGGGCCCCCAUGAUGCCUAUAGGUUGCUUUCAGGAAAACAACCAGUAAUUUGAUGACUUUGGAUCUGAGGAUUGAGUUGAUGUCUGUCUGUCUCACCAGGGAAAGUGCUGAAGGUGAACAUGUGGCGGAUGCUCCUGUGUGAAGCCGCAGCUGCUGUCAUGGCCAAAGGCUUCGAUAUACUGGGAAUAAAGCCCGUCCAGAGGAUGUAGCCCCGAGAUCGGGGACUGUUUUUACCAAAGUAGACGUUACUACUGUUCGCUUUUUCAACAAUCAUGUGGACACAAAUAGUAAAGAAUUUUCAUAACUA